CUUCCGCAUUCACAUCGCGUACCCAUUCUUCCUUCCUCUCUUCCUAUCUCAAUACACGCACACGCACACGCACAAUGGACUUCCUCACCUCCCCCAAGGCCACGAACCUCUCCCUCUAUUCGCUCCCUGGCGUGCUCCUCCUCGCCGCCAUCCCUCACUGGUGGUCCAUUCAUCAAUGCAUGACCAAGAACGUCAACGGCGGAUGGAAGAACCAGAACCCGCGCUCCUUUGUCGCUAGCUUGAACUUCAAGAGUGCUAGUGGGAAGAAGCUCAGCGAGCUCGAGAAGAAGGUGUUGCGCGCCCAGGCUGCUCAACAGAAUGGCUUCGAAUGGUUCGGCUUCUGGGCCGCUGCCGUCCUGGCCGGCAACCUCGCCCACCUGCCCCACGACGAGCUCAACAGGAUGACCGUCGUCUACCUCGUGUCGCGCGUGCUGUACAACUUUGCCUAUGUGCUCCUCGACGGCUUCGCCCCCAGCCUGAUCAGGACGGCCGUCUUCCAGGUCAGCAUCAUUGCGGGUCUCAGGCUCAUCUUCAUGGCUGGCAACAGGCUGGCGUGAGGGCGCGGUGGGAGAAAAUCGGGUUGAAGGCUGAUGUAUGGAUCGCGCCGCGUCUAAUCAAUUCAAGGAUCGCCUCGCUACACUCAUCUCGCGCUGUUCGCGAGUCGCUGCUCCUCCCCAUCUUCCCCUUCCUCCUCUUCGGGAUCAUACAAGACAUGAUGACUUUCCUCCUCGGUGACUGCGCUGCCCUCUCUCCUCUCCCUAAGCUCCGAGUAAUCCGCAUGAGCAGCAGACUGUGUUGCGAUCUCUCCCCCGCCGCGCCGUCUCCUCGCCCCGGGCCUCGUCCACGUAUACCCCUCCACGCGACUACGCACCCACUCCAAUGCAUCGCUCAACACACGCUCCAGCUCACCACCAAAUCGCUCUUCACCCUGUCCCAUCUC